AUGAUUUCACAUUUUGAUUUCACCGACCAUGAGUACUUUUCGAGUGACCUAAGAACACGAUUCCGAAUUGGCGAUGGAGACGAACCAGAAACCUUUAGAGGUGGCGACCUGGCGGUGGUGAAUUCUCUUUCUAUAACACCGGCGGCUCUGAUUUUGAUAACACUGACGGUGAAGGAUUCUCUUUCUAUGACACCGGUGGCUCUCAAUUUGAUUGAGGUAGAAGACGAAGCAGUAAGCGGUGGAAUGUAUUUAGGACUUAUGAAUGGGUGUUGGGAAGAAGUAGACGAUAACGGAGUCAGGGUUGCGUUUCUGGAGGCUUCGUAUAGGGCGGUGGUGGUGAAAGGGUUUUGGCUCUAA